GUGUGGCGAUAGGGAGGGGCGAACCGGUGUUUAUUUUUAUUAAAACAUACAGAAAUAUUAAUAUAAACUGCCUGGUGGGUUACAGGAGAAAUUAUUUACACUUGAGGCAGUAAGCGUUUGGAUUACAUUAUUUUCAUCGGGAAGCAAAGAGGACUAUGGAGCGAUAAAGAUGUUGGAAUAAUUGUCAGACAACGCUUUUUUCUUUACGAUAUUUAUUUAAUUUAUUUUUUUCUAUCUCUUUUUGUAUUCGGAAUAGUUAAAUUAGCGUGGGAACACCACUGUUCAGGGACUGAAAGGAUGGACCAGGCGAAUAUAUUGAGGAAGUUCAUUCAAGAGGUUCAUGCCAUGCGAACAGGGGACCAGAGAGGCGAGGAUAACUUCGGCAGUGACUUCAUGAGAUUACGCAGACUAUCAACCAAAUACAAAACAGAGAAAAUCUACCCAACCAACAUUGGUGAGAAAGAAGAGAAUGUGAAAAAGAAUAGAUAUAAAGACAUACUACCAUUUGACCACAGUCGAGUGAAAGUCACGUUAAAAACGUCCAAUCAGGACACCGAUUACAUCAAUGCAAACUUCAUCAAGGGAGUUGAUGGGCCAAAGGCCUACAUUGCAACUCAGGGCCCCCUGCCCAAUACAGUCAUUGACUUCUGGAGAAUGAACUGGGAAUACAACGUUGCAGUUGUUGUGAUGGCGUGUCGUGAGUUUGAAAUGGGAAGGAAAAAGUGUGAGCGGUACUACCCCCAGUUCAGAGAUGAGCCCAUGUCUUUUGGCCCCUUCAGGAUCUCCUGUGAAUCAGAACAAAAUCGACCGGACUACUUCAUCCGCAGCUUAACGGUAGAGUUUGAAAACGAGACCCGCAGAAUAACACAGUUCCAUUAUGUCAACUGGCCGGACCACGAUGUCCCCUCGUCCUUCGACUCUAUAUUGGAUAUGAUAGCACUGAUGAGGCAGUACCAGGAGCACGACGACGUUCCGAUCUGUGUGCACUGCAGUGCCGGGUGCGGGAGAACAGGUGCCAUCUGCGCCAUCGACUACACAUGGAACCUGCUGAAAGCUGGGAGGAUUCCGGAGGACUUCAAUGUGUUUCAGCUGAUUCAGGAGAUGCGUACCCAGAGGCACUCGGCGGUCCAGACCAAGGAGCAGUACGAGCUGGUCCAUCGAGCAAUUGCACAGCUUUUUGAGAAGCAGCUGUUGCUGUUGGAGAGUCCCACAAACUCCGAACUGACUGAUGGCAUGGAUGAAGGCAGUCCGGAAAAACCCGGACAGAAUUCUGAUGAGGAGCGAUGGGACACGCCCCCACCCAAGCCGCCCCGCAUCCGGAGUUCUCAAGCAGAAUGUGAUGUGAAAGAGGAGAUCUUGCAGCCUCCAGAGCCUCUCCCAGUGCCGCCCAUCCUCACGCCGUCCCCGCCCUCAGCCUUCCCAACUGUGACCAACGCGCGGCAGGACAACGACCGCUACCACCCCAAACCCGUUCUCCACGUGCUGGCCUCCGAGCCAGACCCGGACCUCAACGAGAACUAUGGCGAGCCCACGGAGGGGGCCCCGGCGCCGCUUUCCGCCUCGUUGGCCAGCUCGCCCACCCGCUCUGCGUCUCCCCCGGGUGGCGCGGAGAAGCGGGUGGAGCGCAAGCUGAGCAUCGAGAUCAAGAAGGUGCCGCUGCAGGAGGGUCCGUGCAGCUUCGAGGGCAGCAGCUCCCUGCACCGUGUGCACGCCUUCAAGGCACGCUCCCACACCAGUGGCAGCAGCAGCAGCUCGCUGUCAGAGGACUCAGACAACCCGCCGCGCCCCAACCAUCUACCCCUGCGCCGGCAAAAAGGCCAUGCGGCCUGGGCUCGGCCCGCGCCAGAACAGGUCUCCUCGCCGGUCGAGCAAUCGCCAAGCCCCACCCCUGCUCCUGACCCUGACCCCACCUCUGACCCCACCUCUGGGGUCCUAGGUGCACCAGUCAGGACUGCCCUGUGCUUCACCAACCCCCUCCACUCGGACCACUCUGACCCUGAGCCUGAGGACGGUGAGAACCCCCUCGCUGACUGCCGUUGCAACAUUUCCACGGCAACUGGCACAGUUUCUGCUGCAUCCCAUGAGGACCACACCCCCAGGAAGGUCACCCCUAUGUCCAUCGCCGGCCUUGGCACGAAGCCAGACUCGGCGACAGACAGUGACGAGAGUGAAGACUUGCCUCCCCCUCUUCCCAAAAGAACCCCCGAGUCCUUCUUUUUGGCCACAGAUCCAGAUCCAGUAGAUGUGAUGGUGGCAUUGGGUGAGGGUACGGCAGCGUUAGAAGAAGCUUCUCUCCUUGGAGUAAAGAAUCCACAGACAAAAACUCCAGAAGACGGAGGGCGGGAGAAUGGAAAGAUUUCAGAAGCUCUGACGAGAACCACAGGCACUACUGUCAAAGCGGACGUGAGGACGGAGAGGCAGGCCGUCUCGGAGAUGGGAUUUGGUAAUCGUUGCAUGCAACCAAAAGGCCCAAGAAACCCUCCUUCACAGUGGACGUAAUGAACUAGGACCUACAACUGACCCAAAAUCCAUUCACCCAACACUCACACAGAGUCCACUACCA